AUGUCUCUCCUCGCCCCCAUUAUCUGCGAUAACGGGACUGGUUUUUCGAAAGUCGGUUUUGCCGGUAACUCGGAUCCAUCCUUCGUGUUUCCAACGGCAAUUGCAACGAGAGGUCCAGCUUCACAGAGUACACGAUCAGGACCUGCGGUACCAUCCAAACCCGGUCAUCUGGCAUCGAAACGUGGAGUAGAGGAUCUUGACUUCUUCAUUGGAGAUGAGGCAUUAGCAAACACGAAAACCCCCGGAUAUGGCAUCAACUAUCCUAUUCGUCAUGGUCAGAUUGAAAAUUGGGACUAUAUGGAGCGGUUCUGGGAGCAGACGAUCUUCAAGUAUCUGAGAGCAGAACCAGAGGAUCAUUACUUCCUUCUGACUGAACCACCCCUUAAUCCUCCCGAAAAUCGUGAACAAACAGCCGAGAUCUUCUUCGAGUCCUUCAACAUCAAGGGUCUCUAUAUCGCAGUACAAGCAGUCUUGGCGCUCGCAGCAUCCUGGUCAUCCAGCCGUGUCACUGAUCGUACUCUAACUGGAACGGUUAUUGACUCUGGUGAUGGUGUCACACACGUUAUCCCUUGCGCUGAAGGAUAUGUCAUUGGAAGCGCAAUCAAGAAUAUACCCAUCGCUGGUCGUGACAUAACACAGUUCGUCCUGAACCUUAUUCGAGAGCGAGGGGAUAUGGCCGUUGUUCCUCCGGAAGAUCAUUUGAAAGUAGCGAGCAAGGUCAAGGAGAAUUACAGUUAUGUUUGUCAGGAUAUCGUCAAGGAGUUUAGAAAGUAUGAUGUUGAGCCGUACAAAUACUUUGAACGGUACGAGGGUGAGAACUCCGUAACUGGCAAGAAAUACAACGUCGAUGUCGGUUACGAACGAUUCCUUGCUCCGGAAAUCUUCUUCAACCCAGAGAUCUUCUCUUCCGACUUCCUGACGCCUCUACCCGAAGUUGUGGAUACCGUCAUCCAGCAAUCACCUAUUGAUGUUCGUCGUGGUCUCUACAAGAACAUAGUCCUAUCAGGAGGGUCUACCAUGUUCCAACACUUCAAUCAGCGUCUCAAACGGGACAUAAAGCAAAUCGUUGACCGCAGGCUGGAUGCCAGCGUUCAAGCGAGCGGGUCUCAUAUCAAGUCGUCCGGCAUAGAAGUUGACGUUAUUUCGCACAAGCGCCAACGGUAUGCUGUCUGGUUCGGUGGUUCGCUUAUGGCGUCUUUGCCGGAGUUCUACUCGUUCUGCCACACGAAGGCACAGUAUGACGAGAUUGGCCCUAGUAUCUGCAGACGGUACCAGAUUUUCGGAAGUGCCACCUAGAUCGCCGGUUGGAUUGUAUUCUACAGUAAUUCGGACGUUGAAUGUAACUCGUAUGGAAGAC